UUUGAAAUCUGCGGUAAAGUUGAACAGGAAAGAAACAUGAAAACCGAUUCAAAACAGUAAAGUGAAGAUAACCUCACGAGGAGAUGGAAAACUGCCCUGGUUUUAAUCAAGAUAAGUUACUCAGCAGGGAGGCUCGUCUACAGAAAUGGAGGCAGCAGAAGCCAGUCCGCAUACCUUUGAAGACAACACAACGGUCAACACAACAUGAUAACACAGACAAUAAAGUGAGCACGGAGAGAAAACUAGGAUUAAAAACUUUGAAGUUGUCAGAAAAAGAUGGUCCUCAAAGGGUCAAGAGACCAGUGGAAGACACCUUGAGCAUGAGAGAAAAGCUUGAGUUAUGGAAGCAGGAGAAGAGGCAAAAGCAAGAGGAAAGGACUCAAUCUGUUACAGGGAAGAAAGUGUUCAAACCAUCUGGGGUGUUCAGGGCAGGUUCCAAUGCAGGAACGCUUACAUGUCCAACCAACCCCAAGUCCUCAGAGGCGACCAAGAGUUCAAAUGCCUCUAAUACAAAAACCAGACCAAGUAGCGGUCAGGCUCCGCAGGAGAUGCACCUGUGUAAAGAGAACAAGGCCCUUGAUUUCUUGAAGACCAAUAAACGUAGACUGUCCUUUACUAUUCAAGAGGGGGCUUCGCCUCUGGUGAAGGAAUCCCAGCUUGCUGCCAGUGUCAGCAGGGAUGGUGUGGGUAUCAAUGCAGAUGUGAACCAAAAGGAUAAUGGGAAUUGUGGUGAUUCUGUCAAGGGGAAGACCAAGCGCCAGUCACUGAGUACAAAACACAGGUUAUCAUUUGGGGCAACUGUCAAUGUGGGUGUGGUAGCAGUGUCUGACAAGAGGAAGUCCAUGUCUACUAAUAAAAGAUACUCCUUGGCUGCUCAGGCCAUGCAGUCACGAUCUGGACUAGCCAACAAGAGAAAGUCUCUGCCUGUGCAGAGUGUUAGGUCUGGAAAACCAGGAUUGAAAGCAUCACACUGUAGGCAGCAGGGUGAAGGUAGUUUACCUGGGAAAGUCAAGCUGGCAGCUGGUGCUGAAAGUUGUGUGUUGUCACAGAAAGGCCCUGGUAAGAAUAAAGGAGACAUCAGAGGAUCCAGUGUGAUGCCAGUACUUGCAAAGAAACGGGCAUCUCUGGAAAAGAAGAGUAUCAGAAAGGCUCCGACACUGGCAUCUGUCAUCAGACGGUCAUCACUCAGCAAAAGAAAUCACAUGAAACUUCAGAAAGGUCGUAGGCAGACCAUGGCUGCCCUGCCCAGCCAAGUUACCCAAGUGGUCCCCAAAUCUGCCAUGAGAAAAUCUUUAGCUCCCACAAUUACUUCAAAUGUGAGGACAGAUGUAGAUGGCGCUGAAGGUAAUAGGGUGGGAGUGGUUAUGCCAAAUGUGCGCAAUGUACGUUUUGUCACACCUGUUGGUUCAAGUACAAGAACUCAUGGAACUCUGAGGAAAACCCCUCGUGUUGAAACGUCCAUGAGAGAAAAAUUAGACUCCUGGCUAAAAGCAAAAGGCAAGACUCCUUCCAGGUUCAGACAUCUAAUGUUCUUUGGUGCCCACCUCUCUGCCAAACAAAAGGGAAAGCAAAAGGAACCAGCCACUAAGAGAUCCCUGUCAGUGGCAGAACUAACAGAACAGCAAGCACACAUGGCAGCUGAAUCGGAGGAUGUGUUGAGGCAGAAUCUGAACUUUGAUUCUGAGGAGGAGGAGGAGGAGGAGGAGAGAGAAGACAGUGGGAUACAGUCACAACUCCGGGACAUGCUGGAAGAGUGUACCACACUUUAUGAAGCUGGCUGUCCAGCACCCAGUAUAUUUUCAUGGCUUGAUGAGAUAGAGUCCAGUGUGUCCACUGCUCGGCGGUCAGCAGAGUAUUGGGUGGUCAGAGCCAAAGUGACCGAGGGGUCAGGUUCAGAAAAUGAUGUCUUGGAUGUGUUUGAAGAAGCAAUGAAGGCUGAUGCUAAGCCUCCUGAGCCAAUAGUUCAGGCCUUGCAGGAGUUCGUUCUGAGAAUGGAGGAAAGAUGCAAGUCCAAAGGUAUAGCCAUGACACCACGGCAACCACUUCUAGAGAUAGGCAAUAUCAGUAAGGAUAAAACCACAACACCAAGCCAUCUACAGGUGAAGGAAGGAAAUGUGUUCGAGUCUUCUGCUAUCAAGUACUGCAUCAAAGAACAGACGCCUUAUUUUCAGAGGUUGAAAGCUGCAGUGUCCGAUUCCGUACAGUCUCCGAUACAUUUAUGUGCAGUUGUGACCCCUGUCAGAAGGUCAACACGGAAAAGUUGUGCUAACCUUCCCAGAAUGCUCCUGGAUCACGACACUGUAGUGUCCAGUGUCAGUGAUAUCCCAGAGGACAUGAAGGAAACUGUGCUGUUUAAACCAAACAAGGCACUAAAUAUGAAGUUAGAGGACAGCAUUGCGCAAGAGCAGCCAGUAGAGUCUCAAUAAGCUGUAGAUAAUAAUGUGUCUUUAGCUCAUUACAUAUGAAAUAUUGUGCUUUUUACUGGGACAUGGGUUUCUUUUUUUACGUGGCACCCAUAAAUAUGCUUUUACAACACAUAUUGCAGCAGCAUGUUUUGUGUGCAUAAGAGACAAAUUGUUCUGUGCUUGUCUUGUUUUGGAAUGCUCCAUUUUCUAUGUGUUUGCUUUUUGGUGCAAAUAAUCGUAUAUUGUUAAUGUAUAAUAUUAUGAAACUAUAUACUCAUAAAGGUCUUUUUUUGGGGAGAUUUUAAGGUAGCAUUGCAUAUUUUAUUUGCAAUUUUUUAAUUUUAUUAACAUGUAACUGAACAUAUUACAUUUUACCUACACUGGGAACCAGUACAGAAAUUUGUACACUUAUAUAUUGUAGCAUUUUGACUGUGCAUGGAAGAUUUGGAAAUUGUGUAUUAUGUAAAAAGUAAAACUGUUAAAUCUGGUUGUAAAAAGAUUGUGAUUUCGUAUUCACAGGCUAAAAUGUUUUCAAGUUUUUCCGUUGUUUUUGAUCCAGUAAGAACAAACACCUGAUAUGUAUAUUUGUAAAUUUUUUAUUAGUUUUUCCAGGAAAAAAGGAUUGGUAUGUUUCUUCUGCACUUUCAUAAUUAAUCUAUUACUGGUCCAUAUUAUAUCAAAUAGCAUCAGGCAGCAAGUAUUGCACAUUUUGACUGUAUUAGUAUGCUUUGAUUUUCAAUUCAUUUUAAAUAUGCCAUUUAGCAUCUAAAAAAAGUUAACUGGUUCUGGUACUUCUACAUUGUUCAUAGUUUUGUAAAAUCUACCUGUAAUAUGGUUGAGGAAAGUAGCUAAUUGGUCCCUUACCUCAUCAUCUUUUAAGUUAUGUUAAAAAAUUCUUAUACUUGAUGUCAUAACAAUAAAAAGUGGGAAAAAGGUCAAAACCAUUCUAUGAAAAUAUUCAUGUUAUAGAUGUUUGGGGGCAGAAACUUAUACACAGUCUGUUUUCAAGUUCACAGAAACGAUCAUUAUAUUGCCAAAUGUUCAUAAUUUUAAUGGUAUUGUUUACCUUGGGCACAUAAUAAAUAAUUAUUAUGUAUA